GAACGAUUACAAGAAGAGAAACGUCAGGAAGCGUUGCGACGCAAAGAGCGUAACGAAGCGCACCUUUUCAUGAAUAUACACAUCUUCACUGAAGACAGUUUUAUGGGACAUAAAGGCUGUGAUCUUUACGACAGCGAAAAAUCUGUGUAUAAAGUGUUUAAAGUGAGGAAACAGUCGACACUGAAAGAAGCGGCAGAACUUAUAGCCGAACAAAUGAAAUACCCGUUGAAUGCGAUGAGGAUUUGGCCAAUCAUUUCGCGCGCCAACGAGACUAUGAGACCGUCGAGUCUUGAUUUUGACAGUGAAAGCAGUCGUCCGAUCACUGAUAUCUGCGAAUCGCAGAAUCCAUGGAAUAUAUUCCUCGAACUCAUUGAACCCGACUCUGAAGUGCAGACAUUGUCUAAAAUAGACAAAGAAUCCGACGUUCUCCUGUUCUUCAAGUUAUACGAUCCGAAAAAUUGUUUCAUCAGUUAUUGCGGACACGGAUUGCUGUCUUGUAAUUCCCGGACACGCGAUAUAAUGCCUUUUCUUAACAAAAAGGCUGGUUAUCCGAUAGACACUCCGUUAGAGUUAUAUGAAGAAGUGAAGCCUAAUAUGGUUGAGCGGAUCGACGACUUGGACGCGCCGCUGAACAAAGUGUUGGACGAACUGAUGGACGGAGACAUCAUUGUGUUCCAGAGAGCGGACCUCAAUUUGGGACCGGAAUGUGAAUUACCGAAUGUGAAGGAAUACUUCAAGGAUCUGCUAUUCCGAGUGGAAGUUACGUUCUGUGAUAAGACUAAUCCAUCAGAUGUUGGCUUUAUUAUCGAGUUGUCACUCAAAAUGAAUUACGAACAGAUCGCCAAUGCGGUCGCCCAACGGCUCGGAACCGAUCCCUAUUUGAUUCAAUUCUUUAAGAAUCAGAGUUAUCGUGACGGCCCGGCCGGCCCUCUGCGGUGUAACUAUGACGGCACUCUUAAGGAUAUACUCGUCUACUAUAAACCACGGCAACCAAAGAAGAUAUAUUAUCAACAGCUAACGAUACGAAUCAAUGAACUCGAGAAUAAAAAGCCGUUUAAAUGCAUUUGGGUUAAUAGUAAACUCAAAGAAGAGAAAGAAUUACAAUUAUAUCCGAACAAAAACGGAACGGUUCACGACCUGAUAGAAGAGGCCAAAAAGCAGAUCGAGAUGAACGAGGACUGGUCGCAAAAGUUGCGGCUCCUGGAAGUGACCAGUUAUAAGAUUCAUCAAAUACUGGCCGAAGACAUACUGUUGGAGUGCCUCAACUCGACCGGAAACAAGACCUACCGAAUAGAGGAGACGCCCAAAGACGAGCUCCGUAUGGAAUCGGGAGAGUUUCUGGUGCCGGUCGCCCACUUCCAUAAGGAGGCCUAUCAGACAUUCGGUGUUCCCUUUUUGCUCAAAUUAAAGCACAAAGAGAUGUUUACGUCAGUUAAGGACAGAAUUCAGAAGAAGUUGGAUAUUCCCGAUAAAGAGUUUGAAAAAUAUAAGUUCGCGUUAGUGACCACCGGAAGGAUUCAAUUCAUUAACGAAGAGAAUGAAUACGUUAUAAAUAAGGAAGACUUUCACGGCCACACAAUCAAUAGUCCACUGCAAAACAGUUCACCGCCGAAGCCGUGGUUAGGUCUCGAACACGUAAAUAAGGCGCCGAAGCGCUCGCGUUAUAACUAUUUAGAGAAAGCUAUAAAGAUUCACAAUUAAUAACUAAUUUUGUAAAUUUCGGGCUUUUUUGUGCCACAAAGAAGAAACCACUUUAUAUACUAUAACUUGAACUACAGUUUAGACGAAGAGAAACAUAAAAACGGCAAAUAAAACGUUGAGUAAAAAACAUAUAAUUAUUUGGAAACAGAAAACAAAUAGAGCUUUCGAUUAAUAUUUUGUGUCGACAAUAAUAUUUACACUUUUAAUCUUAAAUAGAAUUAUCUUUAAUUAUAAGAUAAUUGAGAAUUUGUUUCGUUAGCUUUUGAUCCCAACGGCCAGACAGACAGACACCCAGUAUUGCUAUGAACUCUAUAUGAAAGCCCAUUAAACAAAGCAAGACAUGUGCCCUUCCCUUCCCUUAUCCUUAUUUUUUGUUGUAAAUAAUUGAUUACUGACUUAAGAACUGGUGUUCGGACUCUCAAUACAUGUAUUCCGAUAUGUCGUCGAAACAAACAUAAAACCCCUCUUUUUCUCUGUCUUUCUUUCACUCUUCUCUUAAGCUUUUAUUUUUAAGAUAAAUUAAAAAGUUAUUUAAAAGUUUUUAAUUUUUACAGAACUAUCGGGAAUUUAAUGAUUAGUUUAACG